CACGGUUCUCGCCGUUAUUUUAGUUUAAUAAGAAAGCGCGUUAUUUAUUGGAAUAUUUUUUCUAGACUCGAUUUAUCGUUGGUUAUUAGUCUAUUCUCCUGAAAUAUAUUCGUGUAACUAUGGAGAACACGAAACAACAAAAAGAACAAACUGCGGGCAAAAAGUUAUUACUCGAAGUGGAUCGUCAACAACCGGGAUCAAAAGAAACAAAACACGAACAUGAUAAUCAUGUGAAAAGUUCUCACCAUACAAGUAGUAAAAUAUCGGCUACUUUACAAAAAAUGUUCCAUACGGACAAAGGUUCUGACACUGAAAGCGAAAAAUCGGAAAAUACUAACAUACAGCCUGGUCAAACGACUUCCAAUACACGUUUUCAAAAGACGGAGGCAGGAAAGCACAUUCAUAACUUGUCAUAUAGCAAAAGAACUCACCGUAUGCAAAAUUUCUUUAAAGAGCUUGGUAUUCAUGGUCAGCCAGCAGCGGUGAAUGAUAAACAUGUUCAUUCACAAUCUCUGUCUGAAAAGUAUGGAAAGCCACAGGAAGUUAUUGGAAAGGGUGCAUUUGGUAUCGUCCGUAUUGCACACAAAAUAGAACCUAGAGUGCCAGGCGAAAAGCUUUUUGCCGUCAAGGAGUUCAAGAGACAUCAUAAUGAACCUUCAAAGAAAUACAUAAAACGUUUAACUUCCGAGUUUUGUAUUUCUUCUUCGCUCCAUCAUAUCAACGUAAUUGAUACGCUGGAUUUGCUUCAAGAUACCCAAGGAAAUUACUGUGAGGUAAUGGAGUAUUGUUCUGGUGGUGACCUUUAUUCUUUGAUCGUCACUUCGGGCGGUGGAUUAGAAAAAGAUGAAGGAAAUUGUUUCUUUGGGCAAUUAAUAAAUGGUGUAAAAUAUUUGCACGAUAAUGGCGUUGCUCAUCGUGAUUUGAAACCUGAGAAUCUUAUUCUCACUUUUAAUGGAUGUCUCAAGAUUACCGAUUUUGGUAAUGCGGAAUGUUUCCGCAUGGCUUGGGAAACACAACCUCACCUGACACGUGGUAUCUGUGGUAGUGAACCCUAUAUUGCACCAGAAGAAUUUAAAGAUGAAUUGUUUGAUUCAAGAUCAGUUGACAUUUGGGCUUGCGGAAUUAUUUAUAUGAGUAUGAUGACUAGCAGUCUUCUUUGGCGUGUCGCUAUAGAAAAGGAAGAUGCGAACUUCAAAGCCUAUCUAGAAGCAAAAAAAAAGGAUACAUUCACCGCUCCUUUCCAAUGUUUGACUGAAGGUCAGCGGGAAUUAAUUUCAAAAAUAAUAGAACCAGAUCCAAAAAAACGUAUUACUAUAGAACAAAUUAUUACAGAUUCAUGGUUUUCUUCAAUUUACAUUUGUCAUCGACAAACUACAUCUACCAGUGAUUCAUCCAUCUCGAGUACGAGUUGUUCUAUUAAUGCAGUAAACGAACAAGCUACAGCUAUCAACAAGACAUCAAUUGCAAAUAUGGUAUAGCAGUAUAGCAAAGGAUAUAGUAAUAACUGA